UCUCUGUGUCAAAGUGAACCAAUCACAGCAGGUCAACGCGCUGUCAGCCAAUAGGAAGCCAGUUUCUAUACCACGUUGACUCAUGUCGUUAACAAGCAACACGGGAAGAGCUUAAAUUGGUGCAUCAAACACCAGAAUACUUCUGAAAAUGAUAUAGUAUUGUCAGCUCUUUGUUUAAUUGUAGUAAGUUUAAUUUAAUUGUGACGCUAUGGUGUCGCUUUCAUGGCCGGAUUAUCUGAGCAGCUCCGUGCUCUCACAUGAAAACAUUAUAGCUUUGAUAGUAUUCGUGAUAGUGUAUUUUCUAGUUACAUUUUAUCAGCGAGGACGGGACCUCGCAAAUAUUCCGCCAGGUCCAAAGCCGUGGCCGGUAGUCGGCAACUUUGGUGGCUUUCUCAUCCCCACUUUCAUCCGUAGGAGUUUCGGACAGCAGCCAGACAGUUCCGUCAUAAACGCUGUGGUUGUUUUAACGGAACAAGCCAACGUGUAUGGUAAUGUCUACAGCCUUUUUGUGGGGAGUCAGUUGGUCGUCGUGCUUAAUGGCUACGAAGUGGUGAAGGAUGCUCUCUCAAACCAUCCCGACGUGUUCUCCGACAGACCAACUGUUCCUACUGUUACUAUUAUGACUAAACGCAAAGGAAUAGUCUUUGCACCUUACGGGCCAGUGUGGAGAAAGCAGCGCAGGUUCUGCCACACCACACUCCGCAACUUUGGCCUGGGAAAGUUAAGCUUGGAGCCUUGCAUCCUGCAAGGCCUGGCUACCAUCAAAACAGAGCUGCUCAAACUGAACGAGGAGUCUGGUGGUGCCGGUGUGGACAUGGCCCCGCUGAUCAGCAACGCCGUGUCAAACGUCAUCUGCUCGCUGAUCCUAGGUCAGCGCUUCCCUCACGAUGACCUCGAGUUCCGCAACAUGCUGGGCCUAAUGGUUCGUGGGCUGGAGAUCUGUGUGAACAUCCCUGCGGUUCUCAUCAACGUCUUUCCACUGCUGUACUAUUUGCCUUUUGGGGUCUUCAAGGAGUUACGGCAGGUGGAAAGAGACAUCACAGUGUUCCUGAAGAGGAUUAUUGCAAAGCACCGUGAAACAUUAGAUCCUGACAGCCCAAGGGAUCUAGCAGACAUGUACUUCAUAGAGAUGUUGUCCCAGCAAGCUGCUGGGGAGGAGGACAGCAGUUUCACAGAAGAUUAUCUCUUUUAUAUAAUAGGAGAUCUCUUCAUUGCUGGCACUGACACCACCAGUAAUUCUGUUUUGUGGACUCUGCUCUACAUGGUCUUACACCCUGAUAUCCAAGAAAAGGUCCAGGCAGAGAUUGAUGAAGUGGUGGGCCGAAACAGUGUCCCAUCUUUGACUGAUAAGGGGAGUUUGCCUUUUACUGAAGCUACCAUCAUGGAGGUGCAGAGAUUGGCUACAGUGGUUCCUCUGGGUAUUCCUCACAUGGCCUCUGAGACAACGGAGUUCAGAGGCUACACUAUUCCCAAAGGAACAGUUGUUUUGCCCAACCUGUGGUCUGUCCACAGAGAUCCCACUGUGUGGGAUGACCCAGACAGUUUCAACCCAGCACGCUUCUUGGACGAUGAGGGAAAGUUGAUCAGGAAAGAGUGCUUUAUGCCAUUCGGGACAGGUCGUAGGGUGUGCAUGGGUGAACAGCUGGCGAAGAUGGAGCUGUUCCUGAUGGUUACCAGUUUAUUGCAGGCCUUCGAAUUCAGACUUCCAGAGGGAGUGCCUCCUCCUCCCCUGCACGGGCGAUUCGGCCUGACGCUGGCACCCUGCCCAUACACUGUGUGUGUGAACCUUCGUAGAUGAAAUGGUGGAAGACUUGGUUUGACCAGACUUUCUGUAAACCGGGUGUUCUGAUGCAAAGAGCCUUGCAGAAGGCCAAAGAUGUUGGUGAAGGUGUCCUGUAAUCAUGUGCAAAAUAUAAAAGGCAUGUUUUGAUUGGAAUGUAGCUGUUUUGCUAAGGACAGAUGCAUAUUAUAUUUAUCAGUUAAUUUGAUUAUUCAAGCAAUCAUUUUAUCCAUACAAUUUUAAAAAAUGAGAAAAACUCAUCAGAAGUGACUACAAUCCAAAGUGGCUAACAGUAAGUAAUACAUCUGCAAUAUGAUCCAGAACAGCUGCAAAUCUAAUUUAAGAAGCUGGAACCAGCAAAUGUUUUGUAUAUUCACUUGAUAAUCAAGUGUUGAUUAAGGUGUUAUUUGUGGUGGUAAAUUUUUAAUUACACACUCAAUAAAGUAACCACUAUGCCAGAUACUUAAAACACCUGCUCAAAAUCUGUUACGACCCAUAAGGUCCUAUGUUUGUUCGUGGUCCGUGUGUUCUUUCUCUCUCGUGCUCUCUCCAGGUGUUUGCUGGUAUCGUGGCUUCAUUCUCCCAGCCAGCAACUGGUUGUCCUAAUCAGCUGCAGCUAUAAGGAGACCUAGAGUUUGGAGAAGUGUGUCGGCGGCAUGUCGCCAUGUGUGCUGUGCUUGGAUCUACUUUUUGAAGCAGCAGGCAGUGUUGGAGAAGCAGACGGUGAGGUGUGGCGUGAAGGGUGGGCCAGUUCCUGUGGUGGCAGCCGCUGUGUCUGUGUGCCACCCGCUGUUGUCCUCCCGCUGCAGAAAAUUGCAGGUGAUAUGGUCUUUGGUCCCGGUUGGACUCCGGUGAGCCUGACCAAUCAGUAAUGGAGUGUUUUGUUUUGAGGGUGGGGUAUUAUUCAGGUGGGCUCAUAAUUUUCAUUAUAGUUAGGUCCCCUAUUUUUGCCUCUAGACUGUUUUGGUUUGUCCCUUAUCCAGGGGCAAUUCUAGGAUCAGACCUUUAGGGGUGCUCAGCCCCUAAUGAGAAUGUAGCGUGCAUACAAUGCCUUGCAAAAAUGUUCACUAAUUGGUGGAGAGAAUAAGUAGGCCCUACUAGAGAGGAGCUGGUUUAGAGCAGGUCAGUCAAGGGCGUCACUUUGUGUUGAAAAGCGGUGGGGACAUAAGGGCUCAGAUUAGGGGUGUAAUGAAACAUUUGGGUCAUGAGAUGUGACGAUGCAUGAGAACGAGACGAGAAGACUUUUAGUACUAUUUCGAUUAAAUAUUUGACGUAGAAAUAUGUGCCGGGGGUACUCCCCCAGAAGAUUUUGAGCAUUAAACUUGUAAUUUCCUGCAUUCUGGAGAAAUUUCUGCUCCAAUUUGUGGUGGCAAUGUCUGGUUUUAUGAGGGGGAAAACUAUAUUGCAUGUUUUCUUAUUGUGCAAAUAAACCUUUUCUCAAAGCGUU